AUGGGCCACAAUCAUCAUGUCAACAAAGUAGCCUGCCUCCACUACCCCCCAUCCCGCACCAAGGCCUUUCCCAGGGGAGGCCACUGGGCGGGGCUUCCUGGACGGCUGCGUGACGUCAUAGGUAGGCGUGCCCGGAGUCCGCCUCUGCUUCCUAAUUGGGGGGCGCCGGGCGGCGGCGGACACGCUCAGCGGCGCGGCCGUCGGAGCAGCUGCGCUGGGAGAGGAGAGGCGGAGGUGUGCUGCGAGGUGUUCCCCGGGGCCGGCAUCCGGACCCUGGCGCCGCGGCAGCAGCUUCAGCGCGCCCGGAUACCCCGGGGCACGUUCACGGCGCACCGAGCGUUUGGCGAGGCUCACGCCGUGCUCCGGGGAGAUGGGACGGCGGAGGUGACGCGCGCUGUGUCUAGACCGCUCCCCGCAGCGGGCGGGGCUGAGAAAGUGUGGCCAAGCUUCGGGGCGCCCACUGGAGCGCAACUAUUUCGGGUCUCUGAUCUCAGAGAGGAAAGUCCCAGAGACAGAGCCGCAUCCUCCCCCUCACUCUGCGGCACACGCCCCGCCUCCGUCCCUCCUACCUUAAAGGUAGACUCGAAAGUGCUGCAGGACGAGGAGUCCGCAGACCUGGUUUCCAGCCCUACCUCCGAAAUGAGCCGGAACGAGAGUCCUGCCAUCUGCACCCGAGUCAGCUGCUUUGCGGAACGAAGCGAGUAUAAGUCCCAUGAGAUCUCCUUAAGGUUCACCACUCUCGGAGAAGAAAAAAAAAAGGGGAGGUGGAGAAUACCAGGAAACUGCAUGGGACAGGGGCAGAGAGGACAAGACUAACUUCACUACUAUAGAUCAUAUUUAAAGGGUCAAUAAUUAAAACAACUUGAUUUGGGUGCAGGAGACAAGCAGACGAAUGGACUGGAAUAGACUGUCCAGAAAUAGAUUCAAUGUAUAGUUACUUAAUAUUUGAUAAAUGCAGCAUCUCAAAGUGGAGAAUGGAUUCUA